CAGUUUACCCUAAAUUAAACAAAUUUUUUCAUUUUCUUUUUGAUAAUUCGGAGCUUCCAUUUUCAUUUGCUCAGGUUGUAGCGAAUUUUCUACCUUUGCUUCGCCAUGGACGACAUCCCACCCUAUCCCCCAAUUGAUCCAACCACCUUCGACCUCAUCGUCAUAGGCACCGGCCUUCCCGAAUCCAUCAUAGCCGCCGCCGCCUCUACCGCCUCUAAAUCCGUCCUUCACCUGGAUCCCAAUCCCUUCUAUGGUUCCCACUUCUCCUCUCUCCCUCUUGCCGAUCUCCCCUCCUUUCUCUCCUCCCACUCGACCUCACCAUCACCACCUCGCUCACCUUCUUCCGACGACCCUAACGAAUUUUCUCUCUUGGAAUUUGCUACUCGUCCUCUCUAUUCCUUUAUCGAUAUCUCCACUUUUUCUCCUAACCUCCUUGAUCAACACUCUAGAAAGUUCAACCUCGAUGUGGCUGGACCUAGGGUUUUGUUUUGCGCCGACAAAUCUAUUGAGUUGCUACUAAGAACUGGAACCAACCAGUACAUGGAGUUCAAGAGUGUUGACGCCACUUUCGUUGGGGACAACAAGGGCAACCUCUGGAGUGUGCCGGAUUCCAGAGCUGCCAUAUUCAAAGACAAGAGCCUGGGACUCGUGGAGAAAAACAAGUUAAUGAGGUUCUUCAAGCUGGUGCAUGGACACUUGGCUGGCGAACAAGACGUCAAGAUUUCCGAAGAAGAUUUGCAGAGUCCGUUUGUUGACUUCUUGAAUAAAAUGGGAUUGCCGCCCAAAAUUAAAUCGUUUAUAUUGUAUGCUAUAGCAAUGGCGGAUUAUGAUCAAGAAGAUACAGGAGUUUGUAGAGAUUUGCUCAAGACAAAAGAUGGGAUCGAUCAGUUGGCUUUGUAUAAUGCAUCUAUUGGCAGGUUUCAAAAUGCAUCUGGGGCUUUCUUAUAUCCUAUCUAUGGGCAAGGAGAACUAUCACAAGCUUUUUGCCGUCGUGCUGCUGUCAAAGGUUGCCUUUAUGUAUUGCGUAUGCCGGUUACUGCAUUGCUUGUAGACAAGGAUACCGGGUGUUAUAAAGGUGUUAGAUUAGCUUCAGGUCAGGAUAUAUUCAGCCAGAAACUGAUCCUUGAUCCAACCUUUAAGGUAACAUUACCAUUAGGAUCAUCCCCGCCACUUCCACUUAAAGAAAAGCUUCCCUUUUUCAGUCUGAAGGAUGAUAAAGGAAAGAUAGCAAGGGGAAUAUGCAUCACAAAGACUUCUUUGAAGCCUGAUAUAUCGAACUUUUUGGUUGUAUAUCCUCCAAGAUCAUUGUUUCCUGAACAGGUUACUUCAAUCAGACUUCUCCAAAUAGCUAGCAAUUUGGCUGUUUGUCUGCCAGGCAUGUUUGUGUUAUAUAUCUCAGCAUUAUGUAAUGAUGAUGAUCAAGGAAAGAAGUUAAUUCAUGCAGUCAUGAACACGCUUCUUACAGUUCCUCUAGAUUCUGAAAGUAAUGCUGCAGUUCAAAGUGAGACUGCAGAAAUUGGUAGUGCAGUUCAAGAUGAGACUUCAGAAAGUAGUUCUGGAGGUCCAAGUGAUUCUGGAGAAGAAAAACCUACUCUACUUUGGAGUGCGUUGUAUAGUCAGGAGCUAACUUUGGGUCAAGUUGAUUUUAUCUGUUCAACUCCCAUGCCAGAUGGUAAACUGAACUACAAUGAUCUCAUAGAUACGACUUUUAAGAUAUUUCAGGAGAUUUACCCUGAGGAAGAAUUCUUUCCGGAGACAUCCUUAGAGAAUCCUGAGGUUGAUGGUGAUGCUUCUCCGGAGACAUAAAGAUUUACUGAAUGGAAUAUAAUCUCUACCUAAUGGAGCAUCUAACAAUCCAGAUCCUUUUCCAAGACUGUGGUUAAGUGAUUGGAGGAUGCCGUUAUCAAAUGAUGUAUUUGAAGUGCUGAAGAAAAAAGGAAAGGGAUUUGAGAGGACAUUGUGGUUUACGGAUUUUGACUUGGUUUCCCAUGUAUAAACAUGUGUUGUAUCCAUCUUUUACUAGUUGUAUUUUGGUCGGAUUUUUUGCUACUUAUACAGGUCUGAUGUAACAGUAAAAAAACAAUUUCCCCACGAAGUAUGAAAAAGAGUAGCAGGGGCAGUUAUGAGGUUA